AUGACCGCGCCGCGGGCCGGCCGGUGGAGUGCCGCGACCGCGUCCCCCCGCCCGCCCCGGCUCGCCCGCCGUUGCCCCGCUCCGCUGGCGGCCUUACUCCCGGGGGUGGGAGUUCGGCUGCCCGGGUGCGGGCUCGGCCCCUCCGCCGGCUGCUGCGUUCCCCUCCGGUGGCCGCGGAGAAAGGCGACGCCUUUGGCACGGGGGCUGGCCGUCGCCGACGGCGCUCCUACGGUUGGGGUGUGGCCGGCCGGGCGGAGCUCGGCCCUGCCCAAGCGUCCUGGAGGCCCUCCGGUAGGCUCGCCCCGGCUCGGCUGCUCCGCUGCCGUCGAGGGUCGCCGGCGCCCCGUUGCUCUCACAGCGCUCCCCUUUCCGCCCCUUCAUUGCAUUUUUCGGUUCGUCCCGACUCUGCUGCACACCCUUUCCCCGCCGUCUCGACGCGCCAUGCCCUCCGAGCCGGUCGUCCGCCGCGCUCUCCUCGCCGGCGGCGGCCGGAGGAACCCUAGCCGGGCGCGGGGUUUCCGCUUCUGGACUGGGCCUGCCCGUAUCGGGCCCGGGGCAACUUUUGGGCCUACUUCCCACCCCCCUCCCGGUGGCCGGCCCAUCUGGGCGGCCUGUGGUGUGUGGGCCGCCCCAGCCCCCUGGCCGCGGCGUCUCGGUCUCGGCCCAGCUCCCCCCGCUCAGGGGCGGAUUUGGCUUCCACAAGGGUUUCCCCUCCAGCCGCAAUCCACCCCCGCCCCCGUCCCGGUCGCCCGCUCCCUCGCUUCCCUCCUCCUAACCCCGUCGCCGCCGGCACCACCCUCUCCCCCUGCGACACCGCCGCCCCUCCCCAUGGCCCGCGACUGGGGCAAUGGUGCCGGGCGCCCCAAGCGGCCCCUGGAUGAGCCCCGGCAGGCUGGCCGCGCCUCGCCUGAGGGCCAGCGCCGCGAGGCCGACCUCCGCCGCCAGCUGGCCUCCCGCGACGCCCGCCGCUCUCCUGCUCGCGCGGCUCGCCACUCCCCCUCCCGUGACUCCCGACGCUCGCCGCCACGGGACUCGCGGCGCUCGCCGGCCCGCGCGGAUGGCCGCCUCUCUCCGGUGCAGGCUGAUGGCCGGCGCUCCCCCGCUCGGGAGAGCCGUCGCGACCGCUCCCGCUCCCCCUCCCCCGCGCAUCGCCGCGGUCGCUCUCCGUCGCCCUCUCAGCCCCUGCCCAACGACACCGCCACCACUCGCCGGUACCAGCCCCCCAAAAACCAACCGAGCUUGCCUUCGGGCAAUGGUGGCUCCGGGGCUCGCGGGCGCCACGGCGCCAAGAAGAAGAAGAAGAGGGGUCCCGCCCGACCCCUCUCUGCCGCGGCUCAGACACCCGUGUCCUCGACCGCGCCCAACUCCGGUGCUCCCCGCGAUCCGCCUCCGUGCUUCAAUUGUGGACUUGUUGGCCACUACCAGGUCGAGUGCCCCAACCCGCCGAUGUGCUACCUCUACAAGGAGUCGGGCCACCCCGCGGCUCUAUGCUCGGACAGCCCGGUGACGGAGGAGCUCAUGAUGUACAGCCACGGUAUUGAGGGUUUCGGCUUCUUCCACAUCGAGGUGGAGGACAUCCCCCCUCCGUCUUCGUCGCUCCUGGCGGUCGUGACCAUUGUGGGGGCCGGGGUCGCUUCGCCGGAGAUGAUCGAGGUGGAACUCAACCACCUCUGCCGUCGCGUCUGGGAUUGGCAGGUGACCCCGACCUCGGACAGCUCCUUCACCGUGGUCUUCCCCGACGCCCUAACCUGGGCCUCUACACCCCUGGCGGACCCGGAGGACGACGAUGAGCGCUCUGGCCGCAGCCGCUCCCCCUCGCGAGACCCAGCCGACCCCCCUCCGGGGCGCGGGGGUACGGGUGCGGGUCGGUCGCGUGGGUUGGCCUCCUUCGCCGAGGUCGCCCCCGCCGCGCUGCCUGUCUCCUCUCCCUCCUCUUCGGCCGAGCUCAGCGACAUCUCCAGCGUCAGCCUCCUCGUCAUCCCGCCAUCUUCGUCGCGUUCGCCCUGCUCCUUCUCCACGGCCAUCCCGCCACCUUCGUCCCCGGCGGUGCCAUCUCCGCUGCUGACGGCCUCGCCGACGUCGGUGCCUCCCCCCUUCGGGUCUCCCCCGGCGGACCCCCCUGGGGAGGCCGCGCCGCCGUCCCCCGCCUCUCCCCUGGCUCCUGCUCCCGUCCUGGAGGACGAUGCGCCGGCCCCAGACCCGCCCUCUCCUGCCCGGGCGGUGUCUGGUGCCCUGCUGGAGCCUCCGGUGCCUGCGUCCCCGACUCGUCUGCUCCUCGUGGCCACCGACACGGUGGUCACCCCCAUCGCCCCCACCCACCUCGAUUGGUGUCGUACGCCCGUCGGGCUCGGGCUUCGUCGACUCCAGUGA